CGGGGACCGGCCCGGGCUCCCGCUUCCCCAGCGCCUCGCGGCCGCGGGGCCCGGCCGAGCUCGGAGACCACCCCGCUCGGGCCGGGCGCCGCCGUGAUGUCGGUGGCGGGGCUGAAGAAGCAGUUCCACAAAGCCAGCCAGCUGUUCAGUGAGAAGAUAAGUGGAGUGGAAGGAACAAAGCUGGAUGAUGAAUUUCUGGACAUGGAAAGGAAAAUCGAUGUCACCAAUAAAGCUGUUGCAGAAAUUCUUUCCAAAGCCACUGAGUACCUCCAGCCGAACCCAGCAUACAGAGCUAAGCUAGGAAUGCUGAACACGGUGUCGAAGAUCCGGGGGCAGGUGAAGACCACCGGGUACCCACAGACGGAGGGCCUGCUGGGCGACUGCAUGCUCAAGUAUGGGAAGGAGCUCGGGGAGGAGUCCACCUUCGGCAAUGCAUUGGUAGAAGUUGGCGAAUCCAUGAAGCUAAUGGCAGAGGUGAAAGACUCCCUUGAUAUUAAUGUAAAGCAAACAUUUAUUGAUCCGCUUCAGUUACUACAAGACAAAGAUUUAAGAGAGAUUGGGCACCACUUGAAGAAGCUGGAAGGCCGCCGCCUGGAUUACGAUUAUAAGAAGAAGCGAGUAGGUAAGAUACCAGAUGAAGAAAUCAGACAAGCAGUAGAAAAAUUUGAAGAGUCCAAGGAGUUGGCUGAAAGAAGCAUGUUUAAUUUUUUAGAAAACGAUGUCGAGCAAGUUAGCCAAUUGGCUGUGUUCAUCGAGGCAGCAUUAGACUAUCACAGACAGUCCACAGAGAUCCUACAGGAGCUGCAGAGCAAGCUGCAGCUACGAAUCUCGGUGGCUUCCAGCAUCCCCCGGAGGGAAUAUAAGCCCAGGCCCGUGAAGAGGAGCUCGAGUGAACUCAAUGGGGUUUUCAGCAUCAAUGCAUCCAAGACUGCAGGUUCUAGCAUUCCCAUGGACCAUCCCUGCUGCCGUGGUCUCUAUGACUUUGAGCCAGAAAACCAAGGAGAAUUAGGAUUUAAAGAAGGGGACGUCAUUACAUUAACCAAUCAAAUAGACGAAAACUGGUACGAAGGGAUGCUCCGCGGGGAGUCAGGCUUCUUCCCCAUCAACUACGUGGAGGUGAUCGUGCCUUUACCUCAGUAAACGUGUGCUCUGGUUACU